CAUGCCAGCCCAUUUCUUCUGGGCUCUUACCCAAAAAAAAAGCUCUGACCUUUGAUGGAACAAAGUUAACAAAGCGGCGACGACACCGUUUCACGUCUUAUGCUUCACAAGCAAAAGAAUUUGGAGAUCGUCGCAGCGGGUUCCCUGCUGAAAGUGAAAGUAAAAAAGCAAGAGGAAAAGGGCCAGAAAAAGAAGUGAAGAAGAAAUAACAAAUCUGGAAUUUCUUCAAAAUUCAAGAACUAGCUCAUCCUUUUUUAACUUUUCAUUAUGGAUUAUUUGAAAACGGUUGUCCCUUCUCAACUCCUCCUGGAACGUGGCUCCAAUCUCGUCGUCAUCAACCCCGGCUCUGCAAGUGUAAGAGUAGGGUUGGCUAAGCAAGACUCUCCUUACAAUAUUCCUCAUUGCAUUGCUCGUCGCACUAACCAAUUUUCCAAGUUAAAUGUUCAAGAUCAGUUGCUUAAUUCUCAAGUUACCACAAUGCAGCAUAUGGAGCGCGAAAAGGCUUAUGAUGUCAUUGCGUCGUUGUUGAAGAUACCGUUCCUUGAUGAAGAGGUUGCCAAUAAUUCUGUCCCGCGGAAGAUGGGACGUGUUGAUGGAUAUAAUCCUCAGAAUGCCAGGAAGGAUGGAGCCUUCACUUGGACUGAUAUACAUGUGAAGGAUCUAAAGUCAUCAGUGGCACCAGAAAGUUCAAUGGAUAAAAGUGUUAUAAAUGAGUCCUUGGUCGAACAGGAAGUGACCGAUUCAAAAGAACCUACUUUGACUGAACGAAAGUUCAAGGAGGUCAUAUGCGGUGAGGAAGCACUAAGGAUAUCUCCCACUGAGCCAUAUUGCUUACGUCGUCCUAUUCGUAGAGGUCAUCUAAAUAUUUCACAACAUUAUCCCAUGCAGCAGGUCCUUGAAGAUCUGCAUGCUCUAUGGGACUGGAUUUUGUUAGAGAAAUUGCAUAUUCCUCACCAAGAAAGGAGUUUAUAUUCUGCUAUUCUUGUUGUGCCAGAGACAUUUGAUAAUCGUGAGAUAAAGGAGAUAGUAUCUAUUUUACUGCGAGACUUGCACUUUAGCUCAGCAGUAGUACACCAGGAAGGCCUGGCAGCAGUUUUUGGGAACGGUCUAUCAACAGCCUGUGUUGUAAAUAUGGGUGGUCAAGUGACAUCAGUCAUUUGCAUUGAGGAUGGAGUGGCUCUACCUAAUACAGAGAAGACUUUACCCUUUGGUGGAGAGGAUAUAUCAAGAUGCCUUCUUUGGACUCAGAGGCAUCAUCAGACAUGGCCCCAAAUUCGUACUGACAUUUUGACAAAGCCUAUAGAUCUAUUGAUGUUGAACAGGCUAAAAGAGUCCUAUUGUGAAAUCAAGGAGGGUGAACUUGAUGCUGUAGCUAUAGUUCAUUCUUAUGAGGAUGCCAUGCCUGCUGGAUCUCAUAAGACAAGGCUAACUGCUCUCAAUGUUCCUCCUAUGGGUUUGUUCUAUCCAACACUUUUAAUUCCUGAUUUGUAUCCUCCACCACCUCGUUCUUGGUUUCAUGACUAUGAAGAUAUGCUGGAAGAAACAUGGCAUAUUGAAUUCCCAAGAAGAUCUGACAUGCCAGAUGGUCUAUAUCCUGGCAUUAAUGUUGGUUUACCAAUGUGGGAUAACUACCCAUUUUUUUCAAUGAAACCAAAGAAAGAAGAGAAGGUUGGUCUAGCAGAAGCGAUAACCAGUAGCAUUCUUUCAACCGGUCGCAUAGACCUGCAAAGAAAAUUAUUCUGUAGCAUACAAUUGAUUGGUGGAGUGGCUUUAACUGGUGGACUAAUUCCUGCUGUGGAGGAGAGAGUCUUACAUGCCAUUCCUUCAACUGAAGCAAUUGAUACUGUUGAGGUUUUGCAAUCGAGAACAAAUCCAACUUUUGUGUCUUGGAAGGGCGGAGCUAUCCUUGGAGUUUUAGAUUUUGGUCGAGAUGCUUGGAUACAUCGAGAGGACUGGAUUCGCAACGGGAUUCACAUUGGGAGUGGCAGGAAAUACAAAGAUUCUUAUUUCCAUCAAGCACAGGCAAUGUGUUACAUAAAUUCCUAGAAGCCGGUAGAUAGGAGGGGACUUCUCUAAGCAAUGUUCAUCUUCAAUAUUGAAGGUGAUAUUUCUGUUGGGAGACCUGUUAGUAAACAGGGCAUUGAAGUUUAUCCCUUUAUUUUGUUCUAAUGAAGUUCCCAAUUCUCACUGUCCUGCUGUCUUGAAACUAGUGAUACAUGGCAUUGGUUUUUGCAUUUUGUAUGACCCCACUUUGCGAUGGGAAAGCAUUUGUCUAUUAUGUACAGCUGCUCAAUGGCAGGGUUAUUUAUGUUUUGAAAACUUGCAUAUCCAUGGUCAUUUGUAGAGAAAAACCAGAAUCAUCAGCACGACCAAUACAAACUUUGACUGUGUCAUCAUAUUUGUAGAGCAUGCAUGACUAGGUUUUCUUGUUAUGUACAAGAGUUCUCGUCUCAUCAGUUUGCCAGCCUUCAAGCAAAGGGUCGAUUUUAUUUAGAACUCAUGAACACUUCCAAACACUAGGUAACAUUUUGCUGCCUAAAAACUUAAAACCCCUCCUCUUUUCUCUCCAGAGUUCGCUGCGGCCGUGGCCAUUGAUUAGAAGCAUCCCACAUCAAGUAAAGAACCGAAUAGUACAAAAGAACUUAUCUAUAUAGUAGCUUAGCAAGGAGGGAGAAAGUCUUGAAAGGGUUGGUUGGCUAAAUAUGCCACGCCCUUUGUCACGAUCCGCAUGUUCCUCAUUUGUUCCUCAUUUUGACACUAUGUGUUCGUGUGGCACCAAGAUUACUCAUAGUCGAGGUUAACUUUUCGUGAGUUCAUUUUUUUUUAGACAGCUUAAUUUUGAUCCUUCAAGCUGUAUACACAGGAGCUUUUUUUUUUGUUUUGACCCCGUAGGGUUAUUCAUUCCGAACUCUAUAAGGAGGAACUCAACUCUUGUCACUCAUCAGCCCACGAUUCUCAAAGUGGUCUCGAGCACCCAUUCUACCCACAGGGUUUAAAGUCUCAAGCAUCGACCCUUGAAUACUUGCGGGGCACGCAGUUUCGAUUCUCAUGAUAUUAUUACUUCUUGACAUGGUGAGAACCCAAUACCAUACUCCCCCGUAUCGUACGCAAACUCCUGUAUCAAGUUUACAUAAGCGUCACACUUAAGCUGGUCAGCAACCAGCUCGGAGCCUUUAGGCUCAUCUUAUCCCAUGGGACUCAGUUUUUAGGGCUUAGGCCCUUAACAUCAGUGUAGACUACCCGCACGCAUGAUUGACACCCAACAUCAUACUAGUCCCAUAAAGGGGACUUGGAUGGACUACCUUAUGGCUCAACGCAAAAGCGUGAUAUGAGGCCCGCUAGCCCCAACCGUCCUCGGGUUUACCAUGACUCGAGGAACAUCGUGCCACGCUCGUGACCUUACGAUGCCCGUCCAUCUAGACACUACUAGUGCCUAGGAGUAGCUCAUUUCAA